AUGGCGGCGAUCGUCAGGUUGGGUUCCGUGUGUCGCAGAGGAGUCAGACCCGGUGCCGGCUCCAAAGCUGCCUCCCUGCACUGGACAGCGGAGCGAGUGCUGAGCAUCCUGCUGCUGGCCAUGGGACCCGUGGCCUAUUAUAGCCCUGGUCCGGUCAUUGACUAUUCCCUGGCUGCUGCGCUGACACUGCAUGGCCACUGGGGCCUGGGGCAGGUGUUGACAGACUACGUUCACGGUGACGCAAAGAUCAAGGCCGCCAACGCAGGUCUCUUCCUCCUGUCCACGGUCACCUUCGCCGGUCUCUGCUACUUCAACUACAACGACGUCGGCAUCUGCAAAGCCAUUGCCCUGCUCUGGAGCAAAUGAAUGACUGUGGACUUGGGAGGACCCAGACGCCGGGACGGGAGCAAUCUUGUCCCGGCCGAUUGUAAAAAAAAAAUUGAAGGUGUUCUAUGUAAAUUCUUAUAAAUAUAUAUCAUGUUGACCAUUUUGACAGUGAUUGACAUGUGUGUAACUGCAAUUCAUGUCUAUCAGUUCCGGCUCGGUCUUUAUAUUAAGUUCUUGCUCAGCUAAGUUUGGGUAAUAAUUGGGCGACAGGAGUCCGUAAUCUUUUCCUUACAUGUGGGAGAUGAGCUUCUCUUUUUUUGUUCAGUGUCGACUAAAUUCAAGCUGUGUUCUCACAAAGCAACAUGUCCGGUUAUUAAAUGUCACGACCAAAUAUUCCAAAAUACGAGAAAUCCAGUAUCCUGAUCUGCAGAUGUUAUAUUUACCAGGGACAUGCAACAAAAUAGCUUCAGGUGGUUUUUUUGUUUUUUUCCAGGUUCGGGUCCUUUCUGUCGCUGACGUCUUAAAUGUAUUUUCUUUCAAACGCAACAAGUAUACGCUGCCUUUUGCUCAGUAACGCUUCAGGAAUAAGAGGGCAGCCCUCACAGAUUUAACUUUUGUUUAUACAGGAGUUCACCAUCCACAUCCCCCCCCCCCCCCAUCAUCACAGUACAGCACGGUUCAGAGCGUACUCCUGUCUGACAGAAACGCUGUCUGCAGCUUUACAGUGAGAGAUGUUCCUCAGCCGAGUGUGCAGAGACUGUUUUGUGCAGAGUUGAGUGGAUUUGCUUGUAUUGGCCGGUUUUAAUCCUGGAUAUGAGUUCUGCUGCUCUCGUGAAGGUUCAUUAAGGAUAAGGGAGGCUAGAUUUUAAAUUCAAGCCAUUCAGCAACACUCAGCCGACCUGUGCGUCUCCUGCAGGAGGGAGCAGCAAACAGCCACAGCAGGGUCUGAAUUUAACAGCUGCAAAAUGCCGUCCUCUGCCAACCAAGUAUCACUCAAGACCUUAACGGUGUCAGUCAUAUGAAUGCCUCUGUAACAUAUUGACUCGUGUUGUAUUUAAUGUGUGAAACUCCUUCCACUGUGUGAGUCAGCAAACUUCAAACUAUAUUUUCUAAAUUUAUUUUUGCCGCUUUCAAAUAAUUUACAACCUUUAAGCAAAAUAGAGCAAAUGUAAUCUUGGCACAUUUUCUCACAGCAUAUAAUUGCUUGUCCUUGCAUGCAGCUAUUACCAGCAGUUAUUUUUGUGUGGCUGGAAUGAGCAGGGUCACAGGUCGGGUUCACGGAUUCAGUCCUUUGUCACAAUGUUCAUGCAGUAAAUGUUUAUGAGCGCUAACGAGUUUGGUGUUGGUCUGUUUGCUUAGCGCAUCAAUCGUCAAUUUGUCAUAUCUGUUCAGCUGAUCUCCUGUCAGAUUAUACGCACAAAGUUAGAUGUGAGACGGGUGCACUGCUCCUGCUUCAGUGGAUUAAACUUGUCUUCAUGCUUUCAUACUUAUGGCAUUUUAUCACUGAACAGAAAUCUACACUCUGACAGAUGUAUGAAGUAUGUAAGAAAGUCGCAUCUUCACUUUUACACAAUGUGGGAUAAGAUUAAAAAUCUAAAUUUAAAGCAA